AUGGCUAUCCUACAGAAAACCCUCUCCUAUGCCAGACAGAAACAGCUUUUCCACCCAAACUUCUAUCGAGUCCAUCUCUCCUAUUUCAUCCUUGUCAUCUUACUUUCUUCCGUUAUUGUCUAUGGUAGCGGCGUGGAUGGCAACAGUCACGAUGAGGAAGCACGCUUCCGCCUGCGAUACAUUGACGCUCUUUUCCUCUGCACGAGCGCCAUGACCAAUACAGGUUUGAAUACAGUGAAUCUGAGCUCGCUCACUGCCUUCCAACAAUCGGUACUCUUCAUACUCAUGCUCAUGGGGAAUAUGAUCGUGGUUUCCGUCGCGACUGUCCCGAUAAGACGGUAUUUCAUGCAAAAGCAUAUGCAGCAAUUCGUUGAGCAAUCCGAGACUGGAAGGAAGAUAGUCGAUGACAUUAAUCAGGAUGAGUACAACGGGGAAAGCCGAUACACAGGUAAGAACAAAGGGUAUCAGCCAAUGAGCCGCGGAAAGGCGUCUGCGCAGCAAUCGUCGUCAUCAGGUCCCCGGAGGAGACCGAAUGCCAAAUCCAGCAAGCCAGACACUCAAUAUCCGGCCGCAGAUUUCUAUCACCAUCACUACGGCCAAGGUGGCUUUCCGUCUCCUUGGAAUUGGAGAGUAACACAAAGUCUCAAAUCAAAGCUUAGUGGAUUAUCGCAUCCGGGCAAGCAUUCACACCAUUACCUAUCCUUCCAGCCAUCUCUGGACCACAAGGUAAGGACGGACAUCCACUUUCGUAGAGCGGCACUAGGCGGGAACCUGAUCUUUUGUUUUAGGGCAGGUUCCACUCACUUGACGAACAUGAACGUCAAGAACUUGGGGGCGUGGAAUAUCGAGCGUUAG